AUGCCAAAAAAUAUAACGAGUGAAGUACGUGAUAUAAUAUUAAAAGUAAAGGAAUUUAUGGACGAAGAAAAACGUAUGCAAGUACCUAUAAUACCUCUGAGUAAAGUUUAUGUUAGAGUUUCCGCCGCUACUGGUGUCUCAGAGAGAACUAUACUCAACAUAGUCAAAGAAGCGAGGCUCGUUGAACAAGGUUUGUUAGAUCCAGAAACAUUAAAGAAAUCACCAAAAAAACGUGUCAGAACAAAAGGAAAAAUCGAAGUUGACGAAUAUGACUUACAAGUAAUAAGAAGGAAAAUUCACGAAUUUUAUGCUUUCAAGAAAGAAGUGCCUACUAUCAACAAACUAUUGCAGAUACUCAAAGAAGAAAUAAAUUUUAAGGGAUCAAGAGAAACAUUGAGAAAAAUUCUACGCAAGAACGGUUUCCAAUUCAGGAAGACGAAAAAUAGCAAAGACAAAGAGCAACCUCCUGAAUCUACUUCGUCUGUACCACCGAUGGUGCCUCCAUACAUACAUUCAAUGUUCAGUCAUAAAAAUAUACAAUCAUAA